AUGGGGCUUUCUGCAACCUAUUGUUAUAGAUCUCCAAAAAUGUUUUGUACCGCCCACACUGAUUCACAACUUGAAAAGCUUUCAGGGGGCUAUUGUUUGAAUUGUUUGAGUGUGAUUAAGCGCAGUUUCAGUUAUUUGGGAAUACAGACUAACUGACUUUUUUUUGUCCUGUUCUACUCAGGCGGGGCAGGCAAAGGUGGUGGUGAAGGGCCCGGGAAGCUGCCGGAGCAGGCAGAGGAGGAAUCCCAGGUUUUGCACGGAACUGGCCACUGUAAGUGGUUCAAUGUGCGAAUGGGAUUUGGAUUCAUCUCCAUGAUAAACCGAGAGGGAAGCCCCUUGGAUAUUCCAGUCGAUGUGUUUGUGCACCAAAGCAAAUUAUUCAUGGAAGGAUUUAGAAGCCUAAAAGAAGGAGAACCAGUGGAAUUCACAUUUAAAAAAUCUUCCAAAGGCCUUGAAUCAAUACGGGUAACUGGACCUGGUGGGAGCCCUUGUUUAGGAAGCGAAAGAAGACCCAAAGGGAAGACACUACAAAAAAGAAAACCAAAGGGAGAUAGAUGCUACAACUGUGGCGGCCUUGAUCAUCAUGCUAAGGAAUGUAGUCUACCUCCUCAGCCAAAGAAGUGCCAUUACUGUCAGAGCAUCGCGCACAUGGUGGCCAACUGCCCACAUAAAACUGUUGCGCAGCCGCCUGCCAGUUCUCAGGGAAGACAGGAAGCAGAAUCACAGCCAUGCACUUCGACUUUUCCUCGAGAGCUGGGGGGAGGGCAUGGCUGCACGUCACCGCCGUUUCCUCAGGAGGCGAGGUUCGAGAUAGCAGAAUGGCCAGGCAGGUCAUCUCAAGAAACUUCCCUGGCGAAGUCCUCUGCAGUGCCGGAAGAACCAAGCAAAAAGGGGCCUUCCGUUCAAAAAAGAAAAAAGACAUAACCCUCCUUCUGAAAUGUUACCGAUUUCUUUCCCCAGUUGGGAAGUCUACCUCAUGCAAGUACAGGGGAACAGUAUUUCACAGCAGCAGCUGAUUUGGGAUUUUUAACUACUGUUGAGGAACUGUGAAUUUUUUUAAACAGACAAAUCACUCUAAGCAAAUUACAUUUGAGCAGGGUGUCAUGUUUUAUGUGACUCAGAGAAUGAAAUACUAUGUAUAUCUAUAUGUGCAUGUGUGAGAGGGAGAGAGCCUGAGUCCGUGUGUGUGUGUGUGUAGGAGGAUUUUCUAUAGGAAUGUAGACAUAUAUAUAAAGCGGGUUCGUCUUUAUAUAUGUGUGUAUAGAGAUACAAGCACACACCCUCCCUCACAGAAUUGGACAUCCCCAAGAAUUGCAAACCCAUAUGAAGCAUUUUAGAUGGUUUCAGAGAUAAUCCCUGGAGAUUUUUCUUCAAAUACCACU